AUGAAGUCCUGCAGUCAUUGUGUACGCUGCCAAUGCGGAAACAUCGAAUGCAGAGACAUUUCUAAGGAAGCACCCGAAAUACUUCAUAUCCAUAGAAAAACUAUUGAAUUACUGCACGAAAAUGCAUUGAAUUUCUCAUCGCUUCAAGCUUGCGGCAUAAUCGUUCAUAAUCAGAAUUUUAUAGAACCAGUUAAUAGAGGUCCAAAAGUGUUUGGCCUCAGAUGCUCAUCCUGCAAGCAAACAUUUUACAUUUUUACAUGCCGUUCUAAAUUCGCAAUAGGAUUCCCUAAAUCAUUACCAAUACUACCAAGUGAUUCUACUGAAUUGCCAUCUGGCUUCGGAGAUGAACUCAUUCCACAAAUUCCAUUAAUUUUGAAGCCAUUUAUUUUUGCAAUACCUACAAAAGUAUCCCUUCAACAUUCCUUAUCUUGGGAAGAUGAUGAAAUUGAACCAGUUGACAUAGAUGAUGAUUUUAUGUUUUCAUCCAUGAAUAAUGGGACAAUAGUUGGUUCAUAUGAAGAAAGACCUAUGAUGGACCAUGAAUCCUACUUAUCUUACCAAGAAAAUUUAACUUUCCCUAAUCAUCACUACUAA